GUGCUUUUGGUUUUGUUUUUCUGUUUGGGUGUCAGUGGGGUGGAAAUGUAUCAGUGAAAACCCCUCUGUAACCUGGCCACAAUGGACCAUGGACAUUGUCUGCUGCUGAUCCAAAACAUAGAGCUGCUUCAGAAACACUUGGUGAGCUGAGUUUGAAAUUGGCUUGACUUCAUCUGUAGCUGACUGCCACAAAUGGUAGUCGUACUGGAGGGACAUUUGCAGUGUGUAUUGCAUUUCAGUUUAAAAAUAGCCUUGUGGUGCACUGCCUUUAGUCUGAGCGUUUUUAUUUCUAAGGACAAGGAGUUGUGUGUGGACCAAUAGACCAGUAGGAUGGCAGACUUUGGGCUCUAUGAGUACCAGGAGGAAGUGGUUCAACGGGCUCUACGGGGGGAGAACGUCAUCAUCUGGCUGCCCACCGGAGGAGGAAAGACACGGGCUGCUGUGUAUGUGGCCAAAAAACAUCUGGAGAAUAACCCUGGAGCUAAGGUGGCUGUGCUGGUCAACAUGGUUCAUUUGGUUGAACAACACUACAACAAAGAGUUCAAACCCUACCUGGGUCGGGACUAUAGCCUGGUGUCUAUCAGUGGGGACUGUGACCAGAAAGACUUCUUUGGCUGCGAGGUCAAGAACUCUGACCUGGUCAUCUGUACAGCACAGAUACUGGAGAAUGCCCUGACCAACCAGGAGGAGGGAAAACAUGUCGAGCUCUCACAGUUCACUCUGCUGAUCGUUGAUGAGUGCCACCACACUCAUAAGGAGGGUGUCUACAAUAAGAUCAUGGGGCGCUAUGUGGCACAGAAGCUGAAGGGGGAGAGACAGCUGCCGCAGAUCCUGGGCCUCACUGCCUCUCCUGGGACAGGGGGAGCCAAGAGCAUCAAAGGAGCUGUGGAGCAUGUGCUGCAGAUUUGUGCCAACCUGGACUCAGUGAUUGUGUCGUCCAAAGUGUACGCCCCUGAGCUGAAGAAAAAGGUCCCCAGACCCAGGAAAAGGUUUGACAUCGUUGACAGAAGACCUCAGGACCCAUUUGGGGAUCACCUGAAGUUCAUGAUGCAGUUUAUCCAUGACUUCAUGGCCUUAGGGCCUGACUUUCCUGUCAAGGAGUUUGGCACGCAGGAGUACGAGGCAGACGUGGUGAUUCUGGAGAAGAAGGGUGUGACAGACAGGAACAGACUGCUGGCCCAGUGUGCUCUCCACCUGCGUCAAUACAACGACGCCCUGCUCAUCAACGACACUGUGCGCAUGGUGGAUGCCUUUAGGGUCCUGGAGUCCUACUAUAGUACCAAGACCUCCACCGCCACGGAUGGAACCGACUUCUUCCUGCUUGGGCUCUACCAGGAGAACGAGGUGGAGCUGAGGAAACUGGCAGGCGAUGCCCGGUUUGAAAACCCUAAAAUGGGGAAGCUUCAGAACACCCUGCUGGAGCAGUUUGACCAGGGUGAACAUUCCAGAGGCAUCCUGUUCUCCAAGACCCGUAAAAGCAUCUGCUGCUUGUAUGACUGGGUGUCCAACAACCCAGCACUGCAGCGUGCUGGUAUCAGGGCAGCCAUUCUGACUGGCGCUGGCAAUGGCACCAAUUACAUGACCCAGAAUGAGCAGAAGGACACAAUCCGCAACUUCCGCCUGGGCUCCCUCAACCUCCUGAUCUCCACCAGCGUAGCCGAGGAGGGCCUGGACAUCCCAGAAUGCAACCUGGUGGUGCGCUACGGGCUGCUGACCAAUGAGAUCGCACAACAGCAGGCCAGUGGCCGGGCUCGGGCGAGUGACAGCGUUUACUCUGUGGUGGCCCAGGCGGGGGGGCGGGAGGUGCGUCGGGAACUCCUCAAUGAAUGUCUGGAGGACUUGACUGGCAGGGCCAUCGGCGAAGUGCAGAGGAUGGAGCCCAGGGAGUUCCAAAUUAAGAUCACUGAUCUCCAGACAGAAGCCAUGUUGACCAGACAGUUGGCAGAACAGUUGAAGAUCAAGAAGAGGAGUCGUUUCAGUGCUGCUACGGUUCAGCUCUCGUGUCGAGACUGUUUUGUGCCCGUGGCCUUCGGCAAUGACAUUAAAGUCAUUGAAAACGCACACCAUGUCAACAUCAACCCGGACUUUGAGAAGUACUAUAAGACCGGUGAGCAGACCCCGCUAAAGACUUUUGAGGACUGGGAGCCAGGCCGUGUGAUCAGCUGUGCUGCCUGUGGCAAGCAAUGGGGAAGGGAAAUGGUAUAUAAGGAGAUUGCCCUGCUGCCCAUUCUGGCCAUCGAGAACUUUGCCAUGGAGACUCCGGAGGGAAGAAAAUUAGCCAACAAGUGGAAGAAAGUUGAGUUUACAGUGGAGGAGUUUAACUUCAGCAUGUACUGUCAAAACAAAUUCCCUAACAUGUUGGAUUGAUACGCUAUUACACUGGAGGAAGGACUGUAACUGGGGGGCUUUCAUGGUGUUUCCACCUCGUACUGUUUUCACCUUUCCACUAACCUUCUCUUCCUUUCUCUCUCUGUCUGUCAGUCUGUGUUGCUUAGUCUAGACUACCAUUGUGUUACUUAUGCAUGAUCCUGAAGUGUGUCAUUGUCCUAUUUUUUAUUUUAUUUCACCUUUAUUUAACCAGGUAGGCUAGUUGAGAACAAGUUCUCAUUUACAACUGCGACCUGGCCAAGAUAAAGCAAAGCAGUGCGUCACAAGCAACAACACAGAGUUA